AACGUCCAAGUCAACGCACGUGGGGUUCAUUUACAACUUUGACAAGCGUGGCUUUGUUUCGCUCUGUCACAGUUGUCAUUGAUUUUAUAUUUUUCAAGUGUCAUUUACUUUUUACAACGUGCGUAAACUGUAAAUGGAGUCAUUCAUAUAAAUGUUCAUUGAAGAACACCCGAACCAUUGUGAUAUUACAUUAUGUUUGAGGACGAAGAAUUUGAUCUGGAUGAGGACUUUUUGAACGAUCUAACACAGAAAGAAUCGCAAUAUUAUUCCCAGUCAGAAGCUAUUGAUGAAGGAAACUCCAGCAAGAGAUUUAAGAAUGAUGAGGGUUCUUCUAAAUCGCCUUGCGAUAAAUCAAACUCAAAUUCGGUAGACGAACUUCAAGAAAAAGCUAAAUAUUCUACACUAGAGUCUUUGGUGCCUAAUUUUCAUGAGAGUGGUAUGAUAAAAACGCUUAGAACAAAUUCAAUCCUGGAAAGACUCAAGCAGAAAGGCAGCUCCACAUCGGAUAUAAGUAUUCAGCAGAAUAUCCUGACCAAUAAGAGUAACCUAAACCUGAAGGAAUCUAGUCUUCCACAAAAAUCAUGCUCACAUCCGGUGCCUGUCGACUCUCGAAGGAAUUUAAUCCUGAACAAAUUACGACAGAAAAGUGAUGAGAACGUUUCAAUAAGCACUCGCAGUGCCAAAGAUGAGUCCGCACCAAAUAAUCAUGGCGUAACCUCGACUGAUCCUGCAUCAAAUCGAUAUGAAACGAAUGAGGAUGCUCGGUUAAAACCAGUCAAAGCGAUCUGUACCAAGCCCAUUCCGUUAGUUCGUCAAUUUCCAGGUCCAGCUGGUUUGUUAAGAGGUACUGAUAACGGAAACGUCCCCCAAAUAAUUCCUGAAUCCUCUCAUCUCAAAGACAGUCAUGAUGACACUGAUGUUGAUAUUGUUGACAACAACGCUGGAUUAUCUAAAUAUUGUUCGCAGCAAACUGCAAAUUUGUUUUUCGAGGGUGCGUGGCAGUUACUGAUGAGUGAUUUGGAUCACGGAUUUUUGAAAGAACAUGAAAUAUCGAUGAUAAAACAAAAAUGCCUGACUAACUCGUAUAGAAAUAACAAAGCACCAUUUCUAGCUGGUAUCGUGCAACGAGUUGAUUUCAGCUGCCUUGAUCCACUGGUAGUGUUGAAAGAUUGUACUGGUACAAUUGAAGGAACUAUAUCUAAAGAAAUUUUGCUUAAAUAUCCCCAAUAUUUUGUAACCGGUGCAGUCUUUUUCUUGGGAAAUGUCGGUCUCACAACCAUUGGAAGUUACCUUAAAAAAUGCCACUUUAUUGCUACUUUGAAAAACAUCAUUAAUAUUUAUUCAGGAAAUGCUAAGAUUUUUAGCAAGUCAGAGAUGAGUACAAAAUUAGAUAGCUACGAUCUCAGCCACUACUUUUGUGAACCUGCUUUGAACGACUCAAUCAUUGACGAAUCACAAGAAAGAUUAUACAUCGAAAGUGUCAAACCAGCGAAUGACAUAAAUAGACAAAUAAAUCUAAGCAGUUUGAAGAACGACCGUAAGCUUGAUGAAAUCACGAAAUUCACUCGGCACCCGCCAAACAGUGUUACGCGUACAACCGCAGCAGAAAAGUUUGCAGCUGCUUUGAGUAAAAAGUUAGAUUUAGAUACUCCAAAAAUUCCUGAUACCGAACUUACAAAUAUCAUUACAGAGAAUCGUGAAAAUUUGAAUGAUGUAAAUUUUUCGAAAGUCGUCGAUCCCAAAAACGGUAAAUUCAGUUUCGAGUUCGAAGACCUUGAAGGUUUCGAUGAGGACUUCAAUGCUUGAGGUGAAGAAUAAUCAAAUUAUUAAAACGGUGAUAUUGAUUGAUUUUGCACGCUAAAUGCAGAUGAUCAAGUGUGAUGCAAAAUUCUGAAGAAUGACUGUGAUUCCGCCAUGUACGUACGGGCAAGCAGUCGAUGAUGUGUAUCUAUUGGAAACGAAUUGUACCUGAUGGUAGAAACUUUUGAAAAACUUAUUGUCAGCUAUUUUUCUACACCAAUAAAAAAAAAUUUUGUAGCUAUAAUUAUGGUAAUUUCCACAAGUUUAUAGUUUUUGGGGUCCAGGCCAACCGCUUCGCGAAAUUACUUAUAUUCGCGCCUGUUUUUAUUGGUAAAGAUCACGACCACACAGAUUCGUGGUAAUUCUACUUGCAAGGAUUUUGUUCAAUGAUUGGAACACGAGAAUCAUUUCAUUAGUCAGAUUUGCAAUUUAAACUAGACGCAGGGAUAUGCCAAGGUAAAUGAAUAAUUGGAGUCGUACACUUAGUUAAUUCAACUUGUAUCAACUUUCGUGGCCAUCGCGCUCGCAUAAAAACGCGAUAGCAGUUCACAAACGCAUUCGAAUUCGAAAACUGCAUCCCUGUAUCUCCGUUAUCUUACAACUUUUAUCUGAAGAAUAUUUGACUGAAUGGCUUAUUUUGGUGCGAUUUAUGUACUGUUAAAAUAAAUGCCUCACUCUCGGAUACACCCUGUAUAUACAUCAAGCGUGAUUCGAUCGCCUGUCGCACGGUCAAUCGAUUCACCCGUUUCUACACGACUGCUCAAAAUCAACUUGUAAACAUCCAGAGAACACCAUCAACAAAUAUUGAACCGAGGAAUUUCAUUAUUCGCUCUGAUAGUCAUUGUACCGGAACAUGGCAGGUAGUCUCGUUUCGAGCAUCCAUUAAAAUUCACUGACGCACGUAUCCAUUGGAUCAACAUUUUUUUCCUAUACCUUGGAUCUCAUUUUCUCUCCAUAUUCUUGACAUAGGUAUACGAUACACACGAGGUACAACUUCUAAGCCCGCAGCGUCAAGUUCAAGGUUUGGUUGGUUCACGAUUAUAGUUAAUUAAUGCGAUGAAAUCUGAUGGUUAUAUAAUAGCCGUACAGCAAUCAACAACAGAUUCUUGAUACAUGCGACAUAUUUUCUCCGUAUAGGUGAUUGUGGUAAACAAAUUCGUUUAAAAAAAUAAAAAUAAAAAUACAUUCUUAUUAAUUGUUACGCUGCAAUUUAUUGAAAACGAGACUGCGUGUACAACUUUAGCCGACAUUUUUGGAGAUGGGUAACGUCGGACAUCGUUGCGCAAGUUUUAUGAUUCUUUCGAAAGAUUUUCGAUCAUCCCAUUCAUCGCCGUGAAAUAUUCUCAAUGACCACAAGUGGUCACGGAACCAAUACGUGGAUGUGCAUGGAGAAUUACUCGACAACUCGCGUGAUAAAUCGUAAUCACGUCUACGACUUGUAAUUAUAAUACUUUAUGCCGAGUGAGCACCGGGCUUUGAAAGCGCAGGGAUUCUUUGAGGUACGUAAUGAUGUCCCGUCUCCGAAAGCCUAACUAUAAUCUAUUCAAUUUUAAUCACUUUAUCUCGGUUGUAAAAUUUAUUGAAAAAAUCGCGUCGCGACAGGAGAUGAUGUAUGAUAAAUAGGGGAAGGCGGAGCAAAACUUAAGGAAAGCCCGAGCUUUGUGAAACUUAAAUACGAUAAAACUUCCUUGUCUUAUUUGUAUUUGAAGUAAAUGAGAAAUAUUUUUCACUUAUAAAGUGCAUGGAAAAAAAUAAAAUUGAUAAUUAUUUCAUCGGACAUUAAUAAUAAAAGUUAUAUUAACAUUGAAAGUUAUUACCAUCAACAUUAAUUCGCAAUUAGUUAUGAAAAAAAAAACAAAUUCUUAAAAUCCAGAAUGGUGUUUAAAGUCCGUUUCGAUCAUAUUUUUGGGGUACCCCAUUUUGCCCUGCUCUCCCCUGUACGUACAAUGUGAAUUUAUAUUACGAAGAACGUCGUAUUAUUAUGUUCUGCAAAUACUCUUAUAGAUCAGGUAUAAGUAUUAUUGAACGGUGCAACGCGUACGUAAUCGACAGAUAUUUUGCCUUUCUAUUUUAUAUUUGUACUUCACACAUGAACGCCCUUGAGCGUAAUAAGGAGAAAAAACUGAUGUUGGCAAAAAGUUUCAACCACCAUUCGCAUUUACCGUUGCCGUUGUAAACUGCAACCGUUCCAUAUUUGCGCAAUAUUUCUCAUCGGUACUGAAGUCGGUAUACCUACACAUAAUUGUGAUACGUAUGUAUAACCUGCACUAAUUUGUUUAUCAAAAGUUCUCUAUUUUUAGAUCAACGAAUUAUUUUCAACCCAUCUAUAGUCGCCCUAAUGAUGUGAAAAUUCAUAAGAAUAGAAAAAGCAUUAUGAAGAUGCGAGCCAUAAAAUACCUCGAACGCCCACCUAUAUUUGACGCAAUAAAAUCAAGCAAAUCAUUUCAAAUCAAUGACCGUUUGCGCGUAAUUGCGAUCAGGAAAGUAAACUUUGCUGGUGUAGUUAAGAAUAACAAGUUUUGCUGCCGCUGGUAGAGCUAAUUUUUUUUUUUUUUUUUUAUCGAAAAUUAUUAUUCCACAUACCAGUUAUUUAUACGUUAGUUCGUUAGUUAUUUAUGUAUACAUUGCAAAUCUUUUGAUACAUAUUAUCGUCAGGUCAAAAUGCAGGCGAAAGUUCUAUAAAAAUUCCAAGCUGUUGUAAAAAAUAUGUAAUAUGAGUACUGUGUGCGGAUUUUCUGCUGAAGAUUUUCUGCCGAAGAAUCGAAGCUCAAUCGUUUUAUGCUUAUCAAAAAAAUUCGUCAAUCGGGUGCACACGAUAAUGCGGACAUCUCAACUUCCUGUUUGGUGAACUCGAAAUUUAUUUCAGACGUAUAUAUACAGUCAUCUGUAUAUCUCGAAGAUAUGUAGCAUUAUCGGAACUCUAAAAGCGCGAAAGGUCAUCUAGAAUAAUCACAAUUCUCCCAAUCUCCGUUGAAAACCCUGAAAAAUGCGAGAAUCGCGGCAGUCUGGAACGUGUAACUCAUUUGCCUAAAAAUUAUCGAAACAGCGAUCACACCUUUGACCUACUGCUAUAAAAGUGAUUCACGUUUCGUAAAUAAAAUUUGAAAGAAUUUGUUAAUCGAAUUGGUACACGGGAUAAUUUUUUCACGAAAACUUUAACAAGUGCAGAAGGAAAAAUUUUUUGCAUCAAAAUAUCGAGGAACGCCACGUGUCUUCUGAAUUUUUCUCAUCGAUCUGUAUGCGCAGAGGCCAUAAACCACCUGCAUCUUGAAAAGAAGUUUCGUUAUCGCUCUCACCAAUAGUUUCAUCUGUCAUGUUCCGAUAAAGAAUAAAUUCAUAAAUGCGGUAUCUUUUUAUAAUUAGAUAUACUAUUGAUCGAGAAUUAAGAUAUGGACAUUCACAAGUACUGGUUAUCGGUCAUCGUCUGUUACGAUCAUCGCAGAGGCAGUGUUCGUCAUUUUGACGUAUAGCCUCUGUAAGGCAUCAUUCAAAUCGAAGAGAAGUGGGGCUGAUUUGAUACGACAGUGAAACAGUUUGGCUAACAGUUUGAAAUGUCAGUUUCGCGCGGCCCUCCGAACUCGCCAGCUGCGGUUCUCCUUUGCCAGUAUUAAAUUAAUUUUAAUACUUUCCUAUUAUAAAUGAAACUCGUUAAUCGGUUACCCUGUUAAUGUACGUACGAAGAAUA